GCAGUGAGCUACAGGUUCUGUCCUUGCCUCCUUUCCUGAGGGGAAGGCUGCCCUCAUCCCUCACUAAUGGUAGGAUAGGACAAGCAGUGCCCAGGCCUGCAAGCUUGCUGCACACAAGGAACCCAAGCAAGAGUUCAUCAUGCCAAUCAAACCUGUUGGGUGGAUAUGUGGGCAGGUGUUGAAGAACUUCUCUGGAAGAAUCGAGGGGAUCCAGAAAGUAAUCAUGGACCUUUUAGAUGAAUUUAAAGAUGAAUUCCCUACCAUCCUAAGAUUAUCGCAGUCUAAUCAGAAAAAAGAACCUAUGCAAAAAACAUCCAAAAUCAGAAUGGCUGUCGCUUUAGCCAAGAUCAACCGAGGAACAUUAAUUCAAGGAUUAAACAGCAUAUCUAGGUCUUCCAAAUCGGUUGCCAAACUUCUGCAGCCUCGGCUUGCUUGCAAACUUUUAGAGUUAAGGGACAUAUCUCAUCGUCUGCUGAAGGACGUUAAUACACCAAAGCAACCCCUGUAUAACGUGCAGGUCCGGAAGGGAUCUUUGUUUGAAAUCAUUUCUUUCCCAGCAAAGACUGCUUUAACUAGCAUAAUGUAUGCUUCAUAUGCAGCACUAAUUUAUUUGACAGUCUGUGUUAAUGCUGUGCUGGAGAAGGUAACAAAAAUUUUCCAAGAAGAAGAAUCCAUAAGGCAAAACAAAGAGGAGAGUGAAAAUCUUAGAAAAGCCUUUUCUGAGCCUGUGCUUUCUGAGCCUCUGUUUCCUGAAGGUGAAAUCAAAGCAAAACCUUACAGGUCAUUACCAGAGAAACCAGACAGUAUUUCAGAUCGCCCCAAACUUCCUGCCAAUAAGUUGUGUAAUAAGAUCCAAGUUUUACAUUCUGUGUUUGACCAGUCAACUGAAAUGAAUGAGCAAAUAUGAACAUAAAUAUCACUGAACAGAGCUGAAGAGUUAUCUAAUGACAUUUCAUCUGACAAAACUAGGUAACUAGUUUUCAUAUACUGAUUGCUCUGCUCUAAAAAAAAAUGAGGAGGACUACUACUAAAAUGUCAUUUUCAAGUAUUUAUAUGGUAUAGGAAAUAAAAUGAA